AUGGGCUUGAUCUCGGCCGAUUGGGGUAAACAAGGUAAUACUGAAUUUGUCGACUUUGCUUUGGAAAUAUCCAUCACCCAGCGGGAACCUGCAAUGUUCUAUGGCGUUUUAUCCAACACUAGCGUUAUGGCUCCUCCCUCCAAAUCCAUAUCCAUGCGACAGAAGCCUUACCAGUCUCAAUGGCUACGGCAUAAAGCCAUCGAGUCUCUGAGGGAAGCCAUUAUGGAUCCUAAGCGUGCUUACACUGAUGCCGUCAUCUUGUCCGUCUGUCACGUCUACUUUAGUGAGGCACUGCAAAUGGAGCGCCACAACGCACUCAAUAUCCAUGGACCUGCAUUGAAGAGGAUGGUGGAUUCAAGAGGAGGCGUAAGCAUCAUCGCUGCAAGUGGCAGGAACGGUCUCCUUCUCUCGCGCUAUCUCUCUUGGACUGAUCGCAUCGUCGCUUCAACACUUAAUUGCCAACUACUCUUUGGCAACUACGUUGAGGACCACACUCUCGGAAGAGCUCAGUGGAACGGCAUGUGGUCCAAAGUUCAAACCAUGAUAUGA